GCUAAAAAGACAGUCGUGGCCACAGCGGCCGUCAUACUAUAUCCUGUUCUACCAGAGCGUAGAGCCAGGCGCUUCGUGAGGCUUGCAAAACGUGCAUAAAACGUCUGCCUUCGUUAUAUCGCGAGUGCAAGUCUUGCAAGUUCUUACGUCUAAGGUUCUUACCGGAGACCAUUUUACUGGUUUGUGGCAAUACACAACGGCGAGCAAUGGUGGAACAGCGUCGAAUCAAAUGCGUCAUUCUGCUAAUCGCGAGUGGCUUCACUAUCGGCGCAGAAAACAACCUGAUCGACUCCUUCUACCAAAGCGAGCACGAGUCAGCACCUCGGUUUUCGAACCCUGCAAAGAUGGAGAACGCAAUCAAAGUGCAGCCGACAGGCGGCAGCGUUAGACUAAGCUGCCGAGCGACGGGCGUGCCAGAGCCCCAGGUGGCGUGGUUCAAGAACGGCCAGCGGCUAAAGUUCGCCCCCUCCAACCGCGAAAACGCUCAGAGGUUCGCACUGACGCUCACGAACCUCGUCCGUAACGACAGCGGCGAAUACACGUGCGUCGUCUCCAACCGACUCGGCUCCGUACAGUGGACGUACACGGUGGAAGUUCACGAGCGCUUCAUACCAACGCCGAAGAUAGUGUGCCCGUUCAACAACGUCACCGUGGCAGAAGGAGGCAGCCUGAGCAUCACUUGCGACGUCUACAGCCACCUGACGGCAUUCGUGCGCUGGAUCAAGCACUACCACAUCAAUGGGAGCUACUUCGACCGUAAUGGAGCGCCGUACGCCAAGUUGGUCAAAGACGCGGCUCUCGCCGAUGUCACGGACCCCCACACGCUUACGCUGCAUAAUGUCACGCUCGCCGACUCCGGUUUUUUCUCCAUACUGGCCAGCUCGCCAUCGGGGGCUUCACACAAGACGAUAGAGGUCCUCGUCGUGCCAAAGCCUUUUCCGGGAUUGUGAGUUUUGAAGACGCCCCCUCGUCAUCUCAAUUUGUCCUUUGAAAAUAAAAGUAAGAACGAGCCUUCAU